AUGGAGUUGUCGGACGGCUUACUGCUCCAGGUCAACAAUGGCGAGCAGUGGUGCAACCAAUGGAAGCGGCCUAACGACGAUUCUGACCGUAGCACCAGUCCUUCCGUCCUGCGCUGUGUGGCCACCACGUGGAAGGAGGGUCUACUGAACAGGAAGAGGCCAUUCGUAGGCCGCUGCUGCCAUUCAUGCACGCCACAGAGCUGGGAGAAGUUGUUCAAUCCCAGUAUUCCUUCACUGGGGUUACGUAACGUCAUCUACAUCAAUGAGACACACACCAGGCAGCGUGGCUGGUUGGCCCGGCAACUGAGCUACGUACUCUUCGUCAUGGAGCGGGACGUACACAAAGACAUGUUCCCCCGGAAUGUGGUGGACAACGUACUCAACAGCAACAGUGUGGAGAGUGCCAUAUUGAGCGUGGCGUCUGAUGACAUUACUUGCGAGCACAGCAAGUCUGUCAGGAAAGUCAAGCAGAAAGCACGACGUUUCCUCCAGCAGAUGGUGGCCAGCGUUUCGCCGGCUUUCAUCAGGCUUACAGGCUGGGUUCUCCUGCGGCUCUUCAACGGUUUCUUCUGGAGCAUUCAAAUCCACAAGGGCCAGCUGGAAAUGGUCAAGAAAGCAGCAGUCGAGCACAACGCUCCCAUGGUCUUCCUGCCCGUCCACAAGUCGCACAUCGACUACCUUCUCAUCACGUUGAUCCUCUUCUGUCACAACAUCAAAGCGCCGCACAUCGCCGCCGGCAACAACCUCAGCAUUCCCAUCCUCAGCACCCUGAUCCGGAAACUGGGAGGAUUCUUCAUUCGGCGGAAAAUGGAGGAGACCGGUGAUGGAAAGAAAGAUGUUUUGUACAGAUCGCUCUUGUACGCUUACACAGAGGAGCUUUUGCGUCAGCAGCAGUUCUUGGAAGUCUACCUGGAGGGCACACGCUCCCGCAGCGGCAAACCGUCCACGGCGCGCGCCGGCAUGCUGUCCAUCGUGGUGGACGCCCUGGCAACCGGCUCUGUCGGCGACGUGCUAGUGGUACCGGUGGGCAUCUCGUACGACCGCAUCAUCGAGGGAAACUACAACAGCGAGCAGCUGGGUAAACCCAAGAAGAACGAGAGCUUGUGGGGGAUCGCGUGCGGCGUUUUCAGGAUGCUGAGGAAGAACUACGGAUGUGUUCGCGUGGACUUCAACCAACCGUUUUCCUUGAAGGAGUACCUGGACAGCCAGAGAAGCCGUCAUAUUCCGCCGCCGUUGUCUCUUGAGCACGCAUUGAUGCCCACCAUCAUAGAUGCUCAGCCCGACGCUCAGCCGUUCGACCGUCAGGACGAGGGCCAGCAGAACAGAGAGCUUCCCGAAGAUCUAUGUCGACGGCAGUUGAUUAACAACCUCGCCAAGCACGUUCUUUUCACUGCUAACAAGUCGUCCGCCAUCAUGUCCACACACAUCGUGGCGUGUUUGCUGCUCUACCGACACAGACAGGGCGUGGCGCUGUCCAAGCUGGUGGAGGACUUCUUCAACAUGAAGGAGGAGGUCCUGUCGCGCGAUUUCGACCUGGGCUUCUCGGGUAAUUCGGAGGACGUGGUGAUGCGCGCGCUGCACCUGUUGGAGAACUGCAUCGCAGUCACUGGCGGCGCCAACCGCAAUGGCGAGUUCACCAUCGCGCCCAGCCAAACGGUGCCGGCGCUCUUCGAGCUCAACUUUUAUAGCAACGGACUCUUUCAUGUCUUCAUCGCUGAUGCCAUUGUCGCCUGCAGCAUCCUGUCCUUGCAGCGUGAGCAGACGGCCGAGUCUGAGUCGGCACCACAAGACCUUAGCGCCCUCUCUAUCGGUUUCCCUCUCAGUCAAGAGAAGCUUAUCCGCAAAGCGGCCGGUCUCUCGCACUUCCUGGUCAACGAGGUGGCCGUGGCCUCGCCCUGUCAGACCGUAUACCAGGUGUUCCACGAAGCUGUAACCCGUCUGAUUCAAUAUGGCGUCCUCUAUGUAGCGGAGGAGGACCAGGAGGAGUUGAGCCCAAGUCCUACGGAAGAACCUUGGCCCAAAAAGUUCCCCGAGCCGCUCUCCUGGAGGAGCGACGAGGAGGAUGAAGACAGCGACUUUGGAGAGGAGCAGCGAGAUCGCUACUUGAAGGUUAGCCUGUCGGAGGAGCACCAGGAGUUCUUCGUGUUCCUGCAGAGGCUCCUGAGCCCCGUGCUGGAGGCCUAUAGCGGCGCCGCCAUCUUUGUGCACAGCUUGAGUCAGCCCAUGGCCGAGCCAGAGUACACGCAGCGGCUCUUUAGAUACCUGCUGACACGCACCGAGAGGGGGAUCGCUGCUUACGGUGAAAGUGCAACUCAUUACCUGGUGAAGAACACAGUGAGGACAUUCAAAGAUCUUGGGGUCCUCAAGGAGCGACGAGAAAACCACGUGAACACACUGCAGCUGAGUGCCACCUUUCUACCUCAGGCCAACCGCAACAAACUGCUGCAGUACAUUUUAGGCUUCACCCUGCUGUGA